CAAAAAAAACCCCCCGCCAAGUCCCAUCCUGCACACGACCAGACUCUGGAGAUCUUCGUCCUUCUAAACACCGCUGCUCCUAUCUGAGUUACCCAGAGAACCCCUGUACUAGCACCUCGCGAAAUUGUGAGGACCCAACGCCCACAAUGGCCGAGUCUCAGACCCCCGAGGUUGAUUACACCCUCAACAACCCUGAUACAUUGACCAAAUACAAGACUGCCGCCCAGAUUUCCCAGAAAGUCCUCGAGAGCGUCAAGGCGCUAUGUGUGGAGGGAAGCAAGAUCGUUGAGAUCUGCCAGAAGGGCGACGCGCUGUUCGAAGAAGAACUUGCCAAGGUCUAUAAGGGCAAGAAGAUCACCAAGGGUAUCGCUCACCCUACCACCGUCUCCCCCAGCUCUUACGUGACGCCCUACACCCCGUUGGUGUCUGACGCCAAGGAGGCCGAGACUACCCUCAAGGCCGGUGAGCUGGCUAAGAUCCAGCUUGGUGCGCAGAUCGAUGGCUUUGGAGCGAUCGUGUGUGAUGAGGUCGUCGUUGGCGCCGAGGAUGUUGUGACCGGCCGUUUGGCCGACCUCGUCCUCGCAACGCACUACGCCAAUGAGCUCCUCCUGAGACUCAUGGUUCCUCCGGGCCUUCUGGCUAGCGGAUCCGAGGAAGAAAAGAAGAAGGCUGCAGCUGAGAAGCCUCCCACUCAGACUCAGAUCUCCAACCUGAUCGAGAAGGUCGCCAAGGCCUACGACUGCAAUGUGGUCGAGAACACAACCAGCUGGCUGUUCGAGCGCAAUGAGAUUGAAGGAAAUAAGAAGAUUAUCCUCUCUCCUGGCUCCGGAGUCAAGGGUGAAGGUGUGCCCGACGUCGGUGAAGUCUGGGGUGUUGAGGUUGGUCUCAGUCUGGGUUCCGGCAAGGUCAAGACCUUGGACCACCGUGCUACCCUGCACCGUCGUACCACUACGACCUAUAUUCUUAAGCGUCCUAGCUCUAGGCAGACUCUGUCGGAGAUUGUGAAGAAGUUCGGAACCUUCCCCUUCAGUUUGCGCCAGCUGGAUGACGAAAAGUCCGCCAAGGUCGGUGUCGUUGAAUGCGUCCGUGGAGGUGUUCUGAGGCAGUAUGAGCCUGCUGGUGAGGCCGACAACUCUCCAGUCUCCAGACUGCUGACCACCAUCGCUAUCACGAAGAACGGCAUCACCAAGCUUGCCGCAGCAGCCCCGUUGGACUUGACCAAAUUCAAGUCUGACAAGAAGAUUGAAGACGAGGAGGUCCUCAAGAUUCUUGAGCGCCCGUUGGCCAGAUCGACUGGAUCCAAGAACAAGAAGAACAAGAAGAAGAAGAAGCCUGCCAAGAAGACCGAGGCCGAAGAGUCCAGCGACGAGGAGUAAGCUUUUCCGCUGCGAAAUAGCUCUCCUCGCGUCUCCUAUGCUUCUGAUGAAGGAAGAAAGCUCAUUCCCUAUGGAGCCCAAGAGCGAAAAGUAGAAAAGGGUUAGAUGUUACCUGUCAAAAGCUGAAGCAUGGAGGAGAAUUAAAGAUGAACCUGGGUUAUUCCAUUAGGUGUCCCAGCCGUUCAGUACAUACAAUUUGAUCAACCUUUGUGUGUCAAGCUCGGCAUGCCGGGGAUCUGUCAACUCCGCAAGGAGAAUUUUGUCGCGUAACUAGUCAAAGAGAACACAAAAUGAAAAAGAAGAAAAAAAAGAAGGGAGAGAAAGACGUGCACUGAUUAGAGCCGAUAGCUGCUGAUUUAGAUUGGAUCUCUUGAGCCUCCCUCCAUCUUUUGAACAAUAUAGCCAAGCCCCCUGUCCUCCUGCUUCCACGAGCUGUUUCUCCCAAGGCCAUGAGAACUUCAGUCAGUACCAUCUCAUCUGCAGAGCCCAUAAUGACCCCUUAUCAGGUUCGAUCUAGCGAGUUAUCCGGAGAGCUUGAUAUGCCGUUUCGUACACACAAUUUUACCGGUCAAUCCGCUUAUCUUGCCCAUCUUCGCGAUCUGGAUGAGAUGCAACUGCAACCUUUGAUACGAGGAAUACAGAUUUGGAGAAAACGGCAUGAUGCUGACCUUGGUUGAUAAUUGUCCAAAUCCGAAGUCUUUGAGGGUGGUGGAUGUCUUCUUGCGUUGGAGUGCCGCCGGGGCAUACUAACGCAGUUCUCCUUUCAACUUUCUGAAUCUACCAUGUAGUCUGCCUUUUGACUCUCAUUCUAGCUACAUAUUCAGGGCCUGAAGCAAGUCGGCUCUACCGGAAUAGAAUAUUAACGCG